AUGAAAGCCGCAUACCAAUUGUUGCUGGAAUCGUGGCCAGACGUAAUUGGCGCAGUGACUGUAAUAAGGCCAUUGGAAUUGAUUAGAACCAAGAUGCAAUCUAAGAAGUUUUCUUAUGAGGAACUACAUCGAUUUGUCAGCAAGAAAGUAUCUGAAGAUGGUUGGAUUUCCCUCUGGAGGGGCUGGGUGCCUACCAUUCUUAGAGAUGUACCAUUCUCUGGACUGAUUCCUCAUUUAAUUAAAAUUGCUCCUGCUUGUGCUGUUACGAUCAGUACAUAUGAAUUUGGAAAGUCUUUCUUCCAGACACAAAAUGCUCAAAGACAGCAAUACUAG